CAUGGUGGGGGAGUUUAGGUCUUCUCUCCCUGGGAAUACAGCGCCAUUUCUGUUCCAUGUGUAGAAAACAGCGAAGAUUUAUUUAUAAGCAAGGGAGAAACAUGGUAGGCCCCGGUUGUCUUUAGAAAAGGCCUGUAAUUUGUAUUAUUGUUGAUUAUGUCAUUGGAGAUGAUCGAUAAUGGUUUGGGUUGAGGUGGUGGCAGUGGAGAUCAGAGGUGGAGGGUUAGAGGUGUUUUUAAAGGGGGUUGAACAAGACUUACCGCAGGCCUGAACGUAGCAGAUAAGUGAGAAGAUAAACCUUAGGUGUUUUUUGUUGUUCUUUUCCUUGAGUGGCUGAUGUGCCAUUGACUGAGAUGGAGAAGAAGAGGGUGGGGAAGAUGAGGAUUGUUUGGGUGUUGUUUGCGGUGGCGGUAAAGUUAAAGAAUUCUGUUUUGGACUUAGUAAGUGUAAGGAAAUAAAUGGAGGUGUCAGGUAGGCAGUGAGAUACACAAGUCAGGAUGGCAAGAGAAGUCCCUAAUGGAGCGAUAAUUUGGGAGUCUCCAGCGUAGAGAGCCCUGGGAUUGGAUGAGGUCACCUAGGAGAAGUCUGGAGAGAGCGGGCAAGAUUUGAUGCCUACAUUCAGAAGUUGGGUAUUCCAUGUUCACUGCUUUCAAAGCGUAAUGCUAAGUCUGCUGAAAGGAGUGAAAAAAGAUCAGUCCCAUGUCCCACUGUCUGUGGGAAAUCUCUGCUAUUACCCUUAACAAGGUAUAAGCUGGCUCUCAGCUCUGCGGCUCCCUGAACACUUUGCGUAUACUUCCGUUAUAAUGCUCAUAAAUGCUGCACUGCCGAUGAGUUGCCAUGAUGGAAGUCAAAGCAAAACAAAAAUUCACAGGAAAAGGUACAAAGACGUCACAAGAAAAAAACAGAUUUUAUAAGAACAAUGAUUCUGGUUCUUCAAAGACACUCCCAAGAAAAGUUGUUAAGGAAGGUGGACCUAAAAUCACAUCUAAGAACUUUCAGAAAAGUGCCACAAAACCAGGGAAAAAAGGUGUGAAACAUUUCAGGAAUAAACAACAAGGGGAUAAAAUACCAAAGAACAAAUCCCAGCAGGCAAAUAAAUUCAACAAGAAGAGAAAAUUCCAGCCGGACAGUAAAAGUGAUGAAUCAGCAGCCAAGAAACCCAAAUGGGAUGAUUUCAAAAAGAAGAAGAAAGAACUGAAGCAAAGCAGACAACUAAGUGACAGAACCAACUAUGACAUUGUUGUUCGGGCAAAGCAGAUUUGGGAGAUCGUGAGAAGAAAAGACUGUGACAAAGAAAAAAGAGUGAAGUUGAUGAGUGAUUUGCAGAAGUUGAUUCAAGGAAAAAUUAAAACUAUUGCAUUUGCUCAUGAUUCAACUCGUGUGAUCCAGUGUUACAUUCAGUUUGGCAAUGAAGAACAGAGAAAACAGGCUUUUGAAGAACUACGAGAUGAUUUGGUUGAAUUAAGUAAAGCUAAAUAUUCCAGAAAUAUUGUUAAGAAAUUUCUCAUGUAUGGGGGUAAACCUCAGAUUGCAGAGAUAAUCAGAAGUUUUAAAGGCCACGUGAGGAAGAUGCUCCGACACGCGGAAGCCUCGGCCAUCGUGGAGUACGCAUACAACGACAAAGCCAUUUUAGAGCAGAGAAACAUGUUGACAGAGGAGCUCUAUGGGAACACAUUUCAGCUUUACAAGUCAGCAGAUCACCCAACUCUGGACAAAGUGUUAAAGGUACAGCCAGAAAAACUGGAGCUUAUCAUGGAUGAAAUGAAACAGAUUCUAACUCCAAUGGCCCAAAAGGAAGCUGUGAUUAAGCACUCAUUGGUGCAUAAAGUAUUCUUGGACUUUUUUACCUAUGCGCCCCCAAAGCUAAGAUCAGAAAUGAUCGAAGCCAUCCGUGAAGCGGUGGUGUACCUGGCACACACACACGAUGGUGCCAGAGUGGCCAUGCACUGCCUGUGGCAUGGCACGCCCAAGGACAGGAAAGUGAUUGUGAAAACAAUGAAGACUUAUGUUGAAAAGGUGGCUAAUGGCCAAUACUCCCAUUUGGUUUUACUGGCAGCGUUUGAUUGUAUUGAUGAUACUAAGCUUGUGAAGCAGAUAAUCAUAUCUGAAAUUAUUAGUUCCUUGUCUAACAUAUUAAAUGACAAAUACGGAAGGAAGGUCCUGUUGUACCUACUAAGCCCCCGAGAUCCUGCACAUACAGUACGAGAAAUCAUCGAAGUUCUGCAGAAAGGAGAUGGAAACGCACACAGUAAAAAAGAUACAGAGAUCCGGCGCCGAGAGCUCUUAGAAUCCAUCUCCCCAGCUUUGUUAAGCUACCUGCAAGGUCACGCCCAAGAAAUGGUGCUAGAUAAGUCUGCCUGUGUGUUGGUGCCUUGCAUUCUGGGAGCUGCCAUUGGAGACACUCAACCUGCCAUGAAUGCCGUCGCCAGCUUGGCAGCAGCAGAACUGCAUCCUGGCGGCAAGGAUGGAGAGCUUCACAUUGCAGAACAUCCUGCAGGACACCUUGUUCUGAAGUGGUUAAUAGAACAAGAUAAAAAGAUGAAAGAAAACGGAAGAGAAGGUUGUUUUGCAAAGACGCUUGUAGAACAUGUCGGUACGAAGAGCCUGAAGUCGUGGGCUGGUGUAAAUCGAGGUGCCAUCAUUCUUUCUGGCCUUCUCCAGAGUUCUGAUCCAGAAGUUGCAAGCAAAGUCAAAGCUGGACUGAAAAGCCUGAUCCCCACAUUGCAGAAAAACAAAAGCACCAGCAAAGGAGUAGAAAUGCUGCUUGAAAAACUGUCUGUGUAGAUGGACACAAUUACCAAGAUGGAUCCAUUGUUUCUCGUCAGAUCUGUUUUCCCAGAGUGGAGAGAAGGGCUAGGGGCCCACCACACUGGUGAUUUGUGUACUCGGUGUAUGUGCUGCUGCUUUGUACAUGAAUUUAUUUAUAAAAUGCUUUCUAAAAAUGCCCUUUGAAAAAAAUUCCAGCCAUCUUCUUUAUCGUCUUGAGUAGUAAGUAAAUCGCAGUGUGAGGAGUGAUGUAAAGGGUUUAAUGGUCAGAUGCAGUGAGACCGACCAAAUACAUGUAAAGUGGUUGCAUGAGUUGCUUCAGGGGGAGACAUCCUUUGUGAGCAGCAGUCUGAGAAGGCUCCAUGGAGGGGGCGGGACUUGAGAGGGCCUCCGAGGAAAGCAGGAUGUAGAAAAGAAGAGCUAAAGGGAGUUUUGAGGGCAGUGAGGUGGGACUUAAUGGUUGUGAACUGAACUUCAGGAACUGUCCACCUUAGGGCCUGGAUGGAUGCAGAGAGGGGAGGGUAACCUGCAUCCAGGGCAGCCACAUUCCUAGCUGCCUUAUGGAUUGGGUUCCACUGUAGAUUUUGUUUGAAAGCUACUCGAGGAAAUUAGGGCUAAUAGGGAGAAUGUGCUAGUCAGUGGUCGGCAAACUCAUUAGUCAACAGAGCCAAAUAUCAGCAGUACAACGAUUGAGAUUUCUUUUGAGAGCCAAAUUCUUUAAACUUAAACUAUACAGGUAGGUACAUUGUUAUUAACUUAAUUAGAGUACUCCUAAGGCUUAGGAAGAGCCACACUCAAGGGGCCAAAGAGCCGCAGUUUGCCGACCACGGUGCUAGGUGAGUAAGGGGAUGAUGAUGGGUCGGGUUGGUAAGGUCCCGGUCACUGGGGAAAUCUGCCUGUCUUUGGGUCUGGGCUGUCCCUAUAAAUAGUUUCCUUUGAUGACGUUUUCUUCCUUGGGACUAUCCCUAAAGUAGUGGAAACAUAGGGUUUGAGUUAGGAAGUAGAUGCUAAUUUGUUAACAGUGCAGAAGUUUGAAUUACAUUCAGUUAGGAUGUUUAAAUUCUGUAACUGCACUUGGCUUUUAGCAGCAGAGCUUGGAAGGUUUGGUAGACCAUUCAAGCUCAAGUAGCCUGCUGUAACAUGAUGCCCCCUGGGGUCUGUCACUGUAACUACACUUGCUGGAGAAUUGCUGGGCCUUUCCUGACCAGACAACAGGGUCCCAGGACUACUCCCAGGACUUCACCUGCCACCUUCUCCUGCCUGGAACUUUGAACUCCACCCAAUGCAAAAAAGCUGACCCAUUCAUACUUCUCCUUGGCAUGAAGCCCCUUAACCCCCACUACCCAGACCCCACCAGUGUAAGGGUGGGGGUGGGACAGCUGGGGGAAUGGGAUGGGAGGAAAGGCAACAUCAGAACUUGCUUUUGUUUGAGUAAUACAUCGUCAGUUGUGUUUUCCAUAUAAAGGGCCCAUUCAGAAAGUGGGGGAACCUCACUCUUUUCUAUCUAUGAGACUAAAAAAAUAAAGUGACAUACAGAAUUUUAAAAGUUAGAGUACUGUAAAGUGUAUAAUAAAAGCUGCAAUCCUGCCUGGCCCUCCCCAGAAGCAGCUACUUCCAACUCAUUUAGCUUUGCUAAAUUUUUAAAUAUAUAGUUUUUGAUGGGAUUUUUUUUGAAGAUGGAGGGAUUUGUGUAGCAGUUAAGGCACUUUCUUUUGACUUCCUGUUAUGGGACAAUAUAGAUUAAGACUUUACCACUCCUGCCCCACUUUUUUUCUCUCCAUGUUCCCAGUAUAAUUGCAUCAUUUUUGAUAAAUCAGUUAUACUGACAUAAAUUGUGAAAUAUUCAAAUAACUAGUAAACUGUCAUUUCCUAAACCA